CUUACCACUAGAAUUUGAGUCGUGGUAGGUGGGAUUUUACUGCCUGGUGGUAGGUGAGAGCGGAAAUGCCGGCCUACCAGUCUCCACCAUCUUUAAGCAACUUUUCUGCAAUUUCACUUUGUUUCUUUCGAUCCAUUUGCCUUUGUUUGUUCAGUUUCUUCCGAUCGCCAGCCGCCAUUUUUGAUUGCUCAUUUCGCCAACUUCAAUCCAGAAUUUCGAGUUCAGAAUGGCGCAGCAAGUUGUUAACCCAAACGAGGAGGUUGUUCUAGGACAAGAAUCUGGGCAUGUUAGGUUGAUCACAUUGAAUCGGCCAAGACAAUUGAAUGUCAUCUCAUCCAAAGUGGUUUCUCUUCUGGCUGAAUACUUAGAAAAAUGGGAAAAUGACGAUCAAGCAAAACUUGUAGUUUUUAAGGGAGCUGGUCGAGCCUUUUCUGCUGGUGGAGACUUAAAAAUGUUCUAUGAUGGCAGGAAUACAAGGGAUUCAUGCCUUGAAGUUGUCUACCGAAUGUAUUGGCUCUGCUAUCACAUUCACACCUAUAAGAAAAUCCACGUUGCACUUGUUCAUGGAAUUUCAAUGGGGGGAGGUGCAUCAUUCAUGGUGCCAAUGAAAUUUUCAGUUGUCACAGAGAAAACUGUUUUUGCCACUCCAGAAGCAAGUAUUGGGUUUCACACUGAUUGUGGUUUCUCUUAUAUGCUUUCUCAUCUUCCUGGACAUUUGGGAGAAUACUUGGGGUUAACUGGGUCCAGGUUGAACGGCAAGGAACUGGUUGCAGCCGGGCUUGCAACACAUUUUGUUUCUUUAGAGAAAUUGGGCGAACUAGAGAAGCGUUUGAUUAGCUUAAACUCGUAUGAUGAGAAUUCAGUCAGAUCUGCAAUUGAAGAAUUUUCUUCAGAAAUUCAGCUGGAUGAAUGUAGUGUCUUGAAAAGGCAAUCUGUAAUUGAUAAAUGCUUUUCGAAGGAAACUGUCGCAGAGAUUAUAAACUCUUUUGAAGCUGAGGCAAGUGCAGAAGGAAAUGACUGGAUAGUUCCUGUUCUGAAGGGAAUAAAGAGAUCAUCCCCUACUGGACUGAAAAUAACUCUAAAAUCGAUACGUGAAAGUCGAACGCAAACACUUCAAGAAUGUUUGAAGAAAGAAUUCAGGGUGACAAUGAAUAUCUUACGCACCCUCAUCUCUGGAGAUGUUUAUGAGGGUAUUAGAGCUCUCACUAUUGACAAAGACAAUGCUCCUAAGUGGGAUCCGCCAACACUUGAGAAGGUCGACAGUGACAGGGUCGAUGAAGUAUUCAAGCCUUUUGGGGAAGAUUUGGAACUCCAAGUACCCAUAAACGACAUGCAUAGGUGGAGUGGUAAAUACGAAGAUUCAAUCUAUGCAACCACGAAGGUGGAUUAAGUUCUUUGGUCUGCAACAGCUGCUAUGCUUGGAAUACCGUAUAAUUCUUGCAGGCCUGAUUUUAUCAUAUAUAAUCAUAUAUGUAAAACAUCUUU